AUGGAGCAGUAGACUCUCUAAUUUAUUAUAGGCAAAUUGAGAUCAAUUUUUGUAGGAAAUGGGAGAGGUACUGAAUGGCAGCCUUUCAUGGGGAUUGGUAACCCGGCUGUGGAUCGCUCAGUAAAACAGUAUCUGGCAAAAGUUAGAGAGGAACAGUUGAACGCAAGGGUGGUUCCGCACCAGGCAGAGCCUUUUCUUGUUGGCGACUUAGUUACGAUAUCAGAAUUCAUUCAUGCGCGGAUUCAAGAGUGUCCAAAUAGCCACAGGCAGCCCAAACUCUGUGGGAGUUCGUUGGACUUUGAAUUUAUAGGAGAAUGUAUGAAAAUAGACAAAAUACGUCCUAAAUUUUGGACAAACAUAGAAAUAAAAAUCACUUACCAUGAGUUUGUGUUUUGUUAUUUACUGUCUCCUCGCCUCUAGAGCCAUUUGGAAGCCGUUUUCUCGACGUUUAAGAUUUUGAGUUGUACUAACAGUUUUUUUUCUUACUGUUAAUACAACUCAAAAUCUUAAACGUUGAUAAAACGGCUUUCAAAUGGCUCUAGAGGCGAAGAGACAGUAAAUAACAAAACACAAACACAAGGUAAGUGAUUUUAAUUUCUAUUUUUGUCCAAAACUGGAAUUUAAGACGUAUUUUGUUUAUUUUCUUUUUUCUCUUACAAAUUCAAAGUCCAACAAACUCCCACAGAGUUUGGGCUGCGUGUGAAAUAUAUAGCUAGCCACCUAAGAUUUAUAUCCUCGCGAGGGAUCAAGCUGUCUUGAAGUCCCUGUUUUUCGCAGCAGAUCGGGCUGUUGAUUUGUUAGGCUUGAAAGCGGUUGAUCAACCUUGUCCCCAGGGCUUUUCCCCCAACCAUUUUUUAAGGGAAAGCCCUGGGGACGAGGUUGGCGGUUGAUAUCCUGCUCUUUCCAGACAAAUCAGGAUUUUUGAUCAACCAUAUUUGGACUAAAUCCUUAUGAUCGUGCGACGCUAAUGUUAUUGCUUUUAGGCCAUCCUCUUUUUCUUCUCCGUUUAGCGUCGUCUGAUCGACCCAAAUUUUUGGCAUUUUCAAAAAUUAAAAAGAAAAAAGUAACGACGUAGCUAAACAAUUUUUCACUUGAAAUAAUUCUUUUAAUCUGAAAAAUGAGCAUGGUAACAGCAUAGAGCGGAAAAACAGGAACUAAAAGAGAAACAUUUUUUGCAGUAUAUUAGGGUACCAGGGCCUCCUAUUCCGAGACUCACUGUGAUGUUUUUUUUUUUUUUUCAAUCCGACCGACCGAUCCAACAUCAGGAAACACAUUCGACGCCAAACGAAUUUUUUUCACUUGAAAUAAUUCUUUUAAUCUGAAAAAUGAGCAUGGUAACAGCAUAGAGCGGAAAAACAGGAACUAAAAGAGGAACAUUUUUUGCAGUAUAUUAGGGUACCAGGGCUUCCUAUUCCGAGACUCACUGUGAUUUUUCUUUUUUUUUUUUUCAAUCCGACCGACCGAUCCAACAUCAGGAAACACAUUAGACGCCAAACGAAAAAGAAAGGGGGGGUGGCCUUAGAAGGGGUGAAAACGCAGUUGUAUGCCCCGUUAAAAGUCUGGAAUUGUAUUUCAAUAUUUGUAGGCUCCUCAGAAUAGAUUACAGCCAGGGUAUCUCUUUCGCUCUGUAAAAAAGGGGGAAAAUUUAUUUUAAGGCUCUAGAGCCACAGGCAGCCUAGGCUAGAUUAAAUGAGUAUACAAAUGCAGAAUUUGUGCGAGAUAAAUUACAUGUAACGAGGGUCUCAAUGGGGUUAACCGAUAGGCGUAAAACGGCCAAAAAUUUAGUCGAUAGCCGUAAAAAUUGAAAAAUUUUAACCGUUAGCCGUAAAUAGGGUAAAAAAAAAAGUUAACCGUAAAAGAAAUUGUUCCCUAGAUUUGCUCAGGUACUAAACUCACUUAUGGUUGCGUUUUUUAUUUCCCGGCUAGUCUGGCUCCUUACGCACGUUAGGUAAAUCGCCUUUUAGGUGAAGACCAAGACCCAUUUCCAUGUCGGCCGCUUUCUCGGGAAACUUAUUUUUAUUUCCAUAGCGAAAGUGUGGCUUCUUGCUGGGGAUUAAUAUUUGCGAUUUUCAGGAGGUCGUGCCCUCGAAACAAUAGUGAAACAACACGAAGAGAUCUCACUGUUUGUAAAACAAGUUGCCGAAAAACAAUAUUUCCCUGUUUUUCUCUGACGCUACGGUAGACAUUGCCAUGCCUAGUCCCUGUACGGCGUCUUCCCACGCAAUUUCGGUCAAGGCAUUUCGGUGGCGAACUCGCUCGGACCACGUGACCCGAAACGUAUUAGCCGCCCGAAAUAAUAAGGCCUACGGACAAGGCAAAACGGCUGACAGUGGUUCCGUACAGUCCUUCGCUACCAUUGUAAACACUGGACACGGGAUUUAUGUUAUUGGCCGUUUUCACACUAGAGCUAGAAACGGAUUAUCCGUCUGAGGCUAGCCUGUGUACAGUCGCCCCCUUCCCGACAGACACCCCCUCUCCGAUUUUUUUUCUGAGGGGAAGGGGCGGCUGUACACAGGCUAUCUGGAACGGAUAAUCACGUGUUCAAACUGUCCGUCGAAGUUGAAGGAUAAAGUCAGGCGAAUUGUUCAUGCAAAAUUAAAACUACUCCAUUUUCAAAUUAAGACGUAUUACCUAUCUGACGCGAAUCAUCAAACGGAUAACCCGUCUCACACGAAUAAUCCGUCUUUAGUGUGAAAACGGCCAUUUCUGUUGUAAUGAAUGUCGCGCCCGGCCUUGAGUUAGGCGUUCGCGUGUGUGCUUUGCUUUUUCACAAAGAUUAUUUUUAAAUUGACUAUUGACAUUUUUAUGAGUAAAAUAAUAUUAGAAGUGGAAUACUUUAUAAAAAGUAUGGUCUAUCGAAUGCUAAAAUUUUUCAAAAGAAUAGCUUAUUUCAUACUGAGAUGAUCUUAAGACCUUUAUUUUGCUUUAAAGAUACAAAAAAUACAGGUUAAUUAAUAUUUAACUUUUUGAAACAAAACAAGUUAAUUUUUAACUUUUUUGUUAACCGUAACUGAAAAAAAUUAGCCGAUAGCCGUAAAAGAGCCAAAAUUUUAGCCGAUAACCGUAAAUGCCACCACCCCAUUGAGGCCCUCUGUAACCAGUGAUCGUUUUACCCUUCAUGGUUUUCGGAGAGGUGCGGGGAUUUCGUUAGCUCUUGCUGGGGUCUCCUUGCAUGAGAUUAUGGAUCAUGUAGGCCGGAAAAACAGCAGGACAGCCCUACAUUAUAUUAAGCUAAAAACAGGUGGUAAAUCCAGCAAGAGCUGCAGCGCAGCCAGAUUUAGAUUGUGGCAUCGGUACAACCUACAUGCGCCUUAA